UCUGAUACAUUUGUAGUUCACUUUGAUUUGAUCAGGCAGAUCCGUUGUGUCUGUAUUGUGUUAAUGUUGAUCAGUUUACAACAAUAGAAAAAAACAUAACAAUGGAAGCAUUACAAUUUGAUGCACAGACAAAAAUAUUAGCAUUAACACAAACUGAAAUACCAAAAAUUAAAAAUGAUAAUGAAGUAUUAGUUAAAGUUGCAUAUUCUGGAGUUUGUGGAACGGAUUUACAUAUUUUGCAAGGUGAAUUUCCUUGCAACCAAAAUGGACCUUUUACACCAGGCCACGAAUUUUGUGGACAAAUUGUAGCGGUUGGUGAUCGAGUUAAGACUGUUAAAGUAUCAGAUCGUGUUGUAGUUGACCCAAAUAGUGGUUGUCACGUGUGUCGAUUUUGUCAUGAAGGUAAUCCACAUUUUUGUAAAGAUGGUGGAAUCAAUUUUACAUUAGGAAUUUUCCGAAAUGGUGGCUGGGCUAAUUAUUGUGUUGUACCUGAUAGUCAAGUUCAAAAAAUGCCCGAUAGUUUAACAUAUGAACAAGGUGCAUUAUGCGAACCAUUAUCUUGUAUAGCCCAUGGGUGGGAUAUAAUUGCACCAAUAACACUAGGUCAAAAAAUUUUAAUUAUGGGUGCUGGUAUUAUUGGUAAUUUAUGGGUAAUUAAUCUUCAUUGUCAAGGACAUAAAAAUGUCACAGUUUCGGAGCCAAAUACAACAAGACUUAAUCAAAUUAAAAAAUUGAAUACCGGAUAUGAAUUAAUUUCACCAGCAGAAUUAAAAGCCAGAAGUCAAAAAGAUAAAAAUUAUUUAUUCGAUUUAAUUAUUGACUGUAGUGGUUAUGGACCUGCUAUCGAAGAAGGCAUUAAACUUUUGGAGUUUGGUGGAAAAUUCUGUAUUUUUGGUGUAGCACCACCAACUACUACAGUUAGUGUAUCUCCAUUUGAUAUUUAUGCGAAAGAAUUGAAAAUCUUUGGAGUAAAUAUAAAUCCGUUCACAUUCCCAAAAGCAAUUGGCUUAUUAGAGUCAUUAGGAACCAGAUAUUUAACAUACGAAAAUCUUGGAAUUCGAGUCUAUAAAUUAUCUGAAUACAAACAAGCUCUAGAAGAUUUAAAGAAAGGACAAAUUGCCAAAGUAGUUUUUAAAUUAUAAAGAA